UCCCCCCCCGCAGGCCAUGGACAGCGCGAACGGCAGCGCCUCGCACUACAACGACACGCCGUGGUUCCUGCUGGAGUGCACGGUGCGCCUGGACCGCGACAGCCGGCGCAUCGCGCUCUUCCUGCUCUACCUGCUGCUCUUCAUGGCGGGCCUGGCGGAGAACGGCGUGGUGCUCUGGGUCAACUGGCGCCGCCGCCGCUCGGCCAGCGCCGUCCUCUUCUGCGUGCUCAACGUGACCGCCUCGGACGCCAUGGUGGUGCUGGUCAUGCCCUUCUUCAUGCUGGAGGUGAUGAUGGACAAGGUGUGGCUGUGGGGCCGCUUCUUCUGCAAGGUGACGCACCUGGUCUACUGCGUCAACUUCUACAGCAGCUCCUUCUUCCUGGCCUACAUGACGCUGGAGCGCUACCGGGCGCUGGCGCGCCCGCCGUCGCCGGGGACGCAGGCCGGGGGCGGGGCCGAGAGGCGGCGGCGCGCCCUGGCCUGCGGGGGCCUCUGGGCGCUGGCCCUCCUGCUGGCCCUGCUGGAGAACGUCCACGUGGACCUGCUGGAGUGGAACGAGCCGGGCUGCUACAUGAUGCCCGAGUACAGCUACGUGGAGUGGUUCACCACCGUCACCUUCCUCUGCCUCCUCUUCCAGUUCCUGGGCCCGGCGACCGUCAUCGUCACGUGCAACGUGCUGAUCGCCCGGGCGGCGCGGGCGGCGCCCGACGUGCAGGGCGGCCGGCGGGACGUCUGGCUGGUGCACGUGUACUCGCUGGUGUUCGUGGCCUGCUGGCUGCCCUACCACCUUGUGCUCUUCCUGAUGAUGGUGGACGACCUGGACCCGCGGCUGCUCAGCUGCAACGCGGUGGAGGUGCUCUACUUCUCCUUCAGCGUGGUGCAGGCCGUCUCCCUGGCGCACUGCGUGGCCAACCCCAUCCUCUACAACUUCCUCAGCAAGAGCUUCCGCGCCAACCUGGCCAACGCCGUGCUGGAGCGCGUCCUGCGCCCGUCCGCGGCCGGCGACCAGGGCCGGGGCGCCAACCAGGCGGGCGGGGGCGGGGCCGGGGGCGGGCCCAAGGAGCGCAAGCUGAGCGACACCAGCACCAGCCACUCGGACGUCCCGUCCUAGGAGAGAGAGAGAGAGACGCCGACCGGGGGGAACAGGCUGAGAGGAGUCCCCCCGUGACUGCCCUCCGCUUGCCAAAACAAAGAACUGUCGUAUCCUGCAGUACGCAUGACCCCCCUAAACCCCCACCCGUCUGACCCCCUCCCGCCACCCCCCCCCCCAAAAAAAAAUGUCUUGUGGUGGUUUUGUUGAGUGUGGUUUGUGGCAAAUGAAUUUUGCUCACCCUGCAGGGCCCCCCUGCUGUUUUCUUUGGGCCUCAGGGACAUUGUAAGCUGUCCUCUGGCACAAGGCCCACUCCAGCGCUCCAGGAAGGAAAUGUCUUCCCUGCCAGUACCCCCUCCUCCCCCCCCAGCGCUAAUAUUGAGGAACUGCUGGAUCGCAACUUUCCAGGGAACACAACAGUGAAGAUUUAGGAAGGCAUCACCCAGCUAUUGUUUGUUUUACUGUUUGUCAGUGCUUCUAAUGCCAGUAUAAUUCCUGUUUAUGUGAUUAUGUGAGUGUGAGAGUAUGUAUGGUAGUACGUGAGAAUGGGGGUACAGGAGUAUGCGAGUGUGGGAGUAUAGGAGUGUGGGAGUAUGAGUAUGGGAGCAUGUGAGUGUGGGAAUAUGUAUGUAUGUAUGUGAGUAUAUUCAGGAAUAUGCGUGUGUGGGAGUAUAUAUGUGUGUGAGUAUGUUCAGGAAUAUGAGAGUGCCAGAGUGUGUGAGUAUAUGAGUGGUAUUUUAAAUCUAAAAAAAAAACGACAGAUUCCAACUUCCCAUUUCCUUUCCCCAGGCUAUUUUGAUACAAAGCUUUAUUUUCAGUUUCAAAUUAACCAUGAACACCAGCGAUUUCCUAGGUCAAAUCCCUUCCUUUGCUUGUACCGUCACAAAAUAUGUGUGGUUUAGUGAAAUGACUGAGAUAAACUGUACAUAUAUUAGACUUACUUUUAAACUGAUGUAUUUUAUAUAGCGCUAUCUAGUUCAAUAAAAAAAAAGUAAUGCUUCAAAGAUUUAGAAAAAGUUACCUGCUUGUUUUGAUUGCUGAAAUUUGUGAGGAAAAUAUUGAAUCAAAAUUGUUAAGAAUGUUUAUGUUUCAUUUCAUGAAGCCUUCCAUUUGGAUAUCUUUGCCUUCAAAGCCUUACCUGCCCUCUACCAUUCCUAGUCAUCCUGGACUGUUGUGUACUUUGAGAGGAUCGUGGAGAGACACCACAGUGUACCUGGGCAGUGCUGAAAAUAAGGGUACAGGUUGUCUCACCCAGGUUACAUUGGACAGGCUUUGCAUAUGAUUUGUUAACUGUGAAGGAAUUGUUACACAACUGUAUACGUGAAGAUGUAUAAAUCAUGAGUGUAUCCAACA